AUAGAUUUGUGAUUUUUAAAAAUUCAUUUUUAUUGAAAUCAUAUAAUUAAAAUUUAAAAGUGAAAUUCUAUCAAAAAAAAAAAAGACUUUUCUAAUAUUUUAUUUAAUAAGUUCAAAUAUUUAUUUAAAAGCAAAUCAGUAUUAGAUUAAAAUUUUAGACUAAUGAAAAGUUGAAAGAUCGAACCCAAAAAUAUACCCAUAUAUGUAUGCAUAGAGAAAAAAAGCAAAGAAAGCGAAAGAAUAUACAUUCUUACAUACGUGCAUAAACAAUGAACAUAUAUGUAUGUAUGUAUAAAAGAAGGAUGACGAAGAAUUUUUGCAAAAUGUCGGUCGGAAUUCAGUAAAAAAAAAAUCUUAAUCUUUGAAAUUUAUAAAGUUUUCUUAUAUUAUGUUGUAUAACAACUUUUAAUGUGUUCUAAAUACAUUUUUAUCAUGUUCAACAAAUGUAAAUUGUAAAGAAGAAAAAAAACAAAAAGUAUUUAAAGCCAGAGUUAUAUAAAAAAAAAAGUUUAAAGAAAAAACUAUUAAAAUUAUAAUAAAGUGACAAAGGGAUUUAUCAGUUAUCAUUUCAAUAUGUCUGAUAAUAAAUUUGAGGAAAAAUGGCAGGAAUUGCAAAAAUUUGUACCAUUCUUACAAAGAAUUAUAAGCAAUUUAAAACGUCAAAUGAAAGACAAACCACGAGUUGUUCAACUAGAGAAAAUGGAAAUGUUACAUGAAUUAUUAACAAAAAGAGACAAGACUAAACUUAAAUAUGAAACAUUGGUAAAAUGUGAGACUUUAUUGAACAAGAUUUAUAGUAAAGUUGAAAAGAUUCCAUUAAAACCAGUUGUAAUGUCAACUGAAGUUGUAGAGAUAUCAGAGCCAGAUAGUCCGCCACCUGGUAAUCAAAUUGCUCAAGAAUACCGUCCUCCAAUUGAAAUACCAACCGAAAGAGAAUUAUCUCCAGAAUCUCAUGUAAAUAAAACAAUUUCGAAUCCAAAUGAAUCAAAAAUGGUAAUUUCAAGUGACUUAUCAUUGGAAGAAUUAUUAAAGAGGCGAGAGCAAUUAGAAAAUAAACUAUUUAACUGUAAUACGAAUAGUAAUAGUAAUAGUUCAAAUGAAGUUUCACUUAUAAAUGAGCCAAAACGAGAUUCCGAAACAAAUAAAAACAGUAAUUCGAUUAUAAAUUAUGAUCAUUUCGACAUAGAAAGUAAAAGUGAUUCUCCAAGUUCAGCAAAUAAAUUUUUACCAUUUAUGCCUAAUUUGCUCAUAUCAAAUAAACUGUUACUUGAUAAAAAUGAAAAGGGAGGAUCACCAAAAAAUUGGAUAAAACGAACUGAUCCUUACGAAUCUCCACAAAGACCCAUUACAACUAUUAUAACAGGCAGGCCCUCACCACCUAUAUCUUGGAAAGAUGAUUUUAUUGAACAACAACCUAAGUCGCCUGUUAUGGUAGAUGAGGUAAAAAAAAUUCGAGACAAAAAGUUAGAAUUAUGGUCAAAAAAUGAUAAAUAUUCAGAAGCACAGAAUUUAAAAUCGAAAAGAAGAACUUCUACACCAGAUUGGGAUGCUGAAAUCGAAGAGGAAGAAAGACUGAAAAACGAAAAGAAAAUAAAUAAAAAAAUGGAAUGCUCAAUAGAAUAUGGUUGUCCUAAUAACGUUGAUCCUGCUUUAAAAGGCCCUAGCAAUAGAGAAAAAAGUUUAGAAAGUUCUAGAGAUCGAAAUAAAGAUAAAAAUCGACUUCAUACUCAAAAACAAAGUCGAUGGGAUGUCGAAAAUAUUGAUGAUAUUGAGAAACAACACUCAAAAGAUAGACACAAAAAAUUGGAUUUAAACUCAGAAAAAGCUAAUGUAGACCAUUCCUCAUCAAGAACAAAAUUAUCACCGCCACCAAUAUUGUCUCAUGUUACUAAAUAUCUUGAUGAUAUUGAAAGUUCUGAAAGUUGUUCUUUGUCUCCAAUUGAUUCCUCAGAUUCUAAUUUAUCAACAAGUCGUACAGUUAAGAUUCGAAAGGGUGAGGAUUUGAAAGUUCAAUUUCAAAGUGAUGAAAAGAAUAUAUUAGAACAACAAAGAGCUUCUGAAGAGAAUUUAAUAAAAGUGCAUCUAACUUCGGCUGCUACAUCUUCAGUUAAAUCUUUACAGGGCGAAGAUUUAAAAAUUCAAGUUUUAAAUGAAAAAUUCAGGCCUCAAAAGCCAAAGAAUGUUGGAGAGUGCUUAAAAAAAUUAAAUGCAUCCAAUGUUUCAUCGAAUUUAAUCAUAGAUGUUUUAAAGAGUCCACCUUUAAGUGCUAAUGAUAUCGAUGACUUACUUCAUGAGUCUGGUUCUGAAAAUACUGUAGAACCGAUUUCAACAUGCAAACCUAAUCUAUCUGAAGUUCGAAAAAAAUUAGCAAAAAUAUCAACAAAAUUGAAUCAAAAUAAUAUUAUAAACGAUACUAAACGCACUGAUUUUGAGCAUGAUUCCAUAGACAAUCCCAUCCAAAAUCAUCCUAUAUCCCCUAUUAUGGAUUCCAAAGGAAAUGAUCGGCUAGCUUUAAAAUACCAUCCACACACUAAGAAAAACUCCAAUAACAACAGCAAUAUCGAGAGUGAUGUCAAGAAAAAUCGGUGUGAGAAAUUGGUUGAGUUUAAUAAUUUGAAGACAUCGUCGAGUUGUAAUGCUAAUAGUGUUAUAAAUAACUUUCCAACGGUUAAUCCAAAUGACCCUAGGUUAAAAAAUAAACCUCAAUUCCAGGAGUGUAACAAAAAUAUUAAUGAACAAUUUCAAAACUUAAAUUCCAAAGAAAUAAAUAAACCGCUGUCAAAUAUCGGAAACCCUAUUCCAACCUUAUUGGGUACUGUAGUUCCAAAUCCUUUGGGAAACCUUCUUCAGUCAAAUGUAAAAUUAGCAUUUCCGUCAAAUUUGAUCGAUAUACCAUUACAAGUCAAUAUACCAUUACCAACUACGUCUUUUCAACAGCAACCGCUACAACAAAUCCCAGUGGUCACAAUACCAAAAUCAACAUUUAGCGAUUUUCUUAAUAACAAAAAUCAUUUAAAACAUAAUAACUCUAAUGAUCAAAUUGGAUAUAAUAAAAUUAAUCCAAUACAAAAUGAUAAUUUUGAAAGGCAAAAAUAUUUAGAAUCAAAAAAGUCAAAAGAGGAUUGUACAUUUACUACACAUUUGAUGAAAACACAAAAUGCGCAACCUAAAACUUACGGGGAAUACAGAAGACAAUGUGAACUUGAAAAAAAUAAGGUUUCAAAAGCUGAUUCGAAUAAAAUUUCCAGUAAUUUCGAAACUUCUUUGGAUUUUAGAGAAAUAAAAGAUAAUGGCAAAACUAAUCAAAUUGCCUCUGUUGCUACUGAUGAUCAACAAGUAGCCCAAACUAGGGACUCCAAGCAAACAAUUUCGAAUCCCAUUUCAAAAGCUCCAAGGCAAUUAUCUAAAAGAAGAGAUAGUCUUAUUACCAAAAGUGAAACAGAAAAACAUUCAAAAUUGCAUGUUGAUGGCCAAUGUAGUAAGACACUAAGCUCACAUUCUGCAAAUGUUGCUAAUAAAAAUUCCAUGCUUACUUCAUCAAGUGAAAUUGUACCGAUUUGCAAAUUUAAAAUACCUAAAAAAAGUAAGGAUGAUGAAAUGAAAGACGAGCAGAAAAUAGAAGUAAAGAAAACUGGUAAUUUAAAAGAGGAGGAAGCAAAAAGUAUUUCAGAAAAACAUGAAGAAACUAUUAAGACAUUAGACAUUUCAAACAAAAGAGAUGAACUCUUUUUAGAAGAUCAAAAUGACAUUAAUUGUGCUAGUAAUAUUACAGAGUCAAUUAAAAAUACCUCAAACUUAAAAAUUGAUGAUAAAAAUAAAAGUAAUGAGCAUGUAAAUUUAAAUUCUGAAAAUAAUAAUUUAAAAGAUAAUACUACUACUAAAAUUUCUUCGAAGUCAAAACGAAAAUUUAUUCCUUUAAAGACUGGAGAAACCACUGCUUCGGAAAGUAAAAUUCAGCAACGUAGGAAAUCUGUGAGUACAUCAAUAACGCAAAGGAAAGAAUUAUGUGAAAGUAUCGCAGGGGUAUCGAAUGAGCAAGCAGUUAAAUUAACAAUUCGAAGAAAAUCAAUGUCGGCGACGACUUCCUCUGAUAAUAAUAACUUUGAAAUAAAACCUAAUAAUCCUGAAAUAACAAAUUUUUUAGAGAAAGAAAAACAAGAUAAAAAUUGUGAAUUCAGUGGACCUAAUAAAGAUGAAACUGAAUCUUUACAGUCAUUCGACACUACAACAGACAGUACGUCAGUUUCGUCUUAUCAAGGUGGAGUUAAAACUAAAAGGUCAAAACGUUACAAUAAUUAUUAUUAUGAAGUUGCACCAGAUCCCAUAGAUAAUACAAAAUUGUCAGUUGAAAAUAUUAUUGAAGGAAAACGUCGCAGUCGUUCGUUAGUUAAUAUGAACGAAAGUUCUUUAGCCAUACCAAAGUAUGUUUCAAAAAAUAAGAGUAGUAAUAACAAUGUAGAUUUUUGCAGUUCAUCGGAAGAUGUAAGCAGUAUUGGAAAAGAAAAGAAUAUUACAAAAAAAAAUAUUAAGUCAAAAAUCACUGAAUCUCAUGUUAAUGAAACGGACCACUGCAACUCAUUCGAGGCAGAUUCUCUAAAAUCUGCAGAAGCCGAUUUAAAAAAUACAAAUAUAAAAACAGAGAAUACCGAUAAAAGUGAAACCACUAAAGAAGUGUCGUCUUUAACAAAAGGAGGUGCAAAUGAAAGUGCUUCAGGAACAGUUGAAUCUUUGUUAAAUUUUCUUGGCCCAAAUUCUAACAAAGAAAGUUUAUUGGAAAUUUUAUCAAAAGUUUGUGAUGAAAAAAAAUUUGAGAAAAUAAAAGCCAUUUUGGAAGAGGAUGAAAAAUCAGAUAAGUCUGAAAAUCUCAAAGAAGAAUCAUUUAAGGAAGAUGAGGUAACUGAUUCUAAAAAGCAAGAAGAUCUGAGAACUAAUAUGAAGACUGAGAGAAAACUUAGACAUAAAACUGAAUUAGAUCGUUUAAAUGAGGAUAUAAGAGAUAUGUUCAUUUCCCAAGGUGUGCUUUCGGCAUUUGGUAAACGAAAUCAACUACAAUCAAUUAAAUCUAAUGAGCCUGUAAUUGCAGAUAAAAAAAAUAUAACUAGUAAGGAUAAAAAUAAGAAAAUUUUUAGGGCUAAAGAGUUGAAAGUUAUUCUAAAAAAAAUAAAAAUAAAUUAUCUUGAUCAAGAAAAAGUCGAAUUCAAAACUAAAUUACAGCCCAAACGCAAACGACGCUUUGCUUGGGCCAAAGGUCAAAUUGCAAAAAAGAAAUCAGCUUCCCCAUCUGCUGUUGCAGGAAGAUUGAAUAAAGCAACAAAAAGAACUGGUGUCGCUACAUUUAAUCCUCGUGCACAAAUAAAUAAAAAAGUAAAAUCAAAAGAUUUUCCUUAUUACAAACCAUGUCCAAAGAGUAAAAAAUCUACUUUGAACAUUAAUGAGACAAAUAGCAAAGCAGAAAUUGAUUCUGAAGAAUUGAAGCAGAAACGUAAAAUUCUAUUUUUAGAAAAUAAUGAAGUACCGUCGAAAAAUAUAUACAAAGAAAUGCAUGCAAAAUCAGAAUAUUGUAAAAAAUGCCUUGUGUGUCAUAAAAUAAAUAUACAGAAAUUAGUUUCACAUCAUGUCGAUACACAUCCAGAAUAUGAAGUAUUUAUAUCACGUUUACCACCAGAUACAUUAAACGAUUUAUGCUCUGAUCGACAUAAUUCUGCUCUAUAUCAAUAUAUGAUAAAAUCAAGAGGCUCAAUGUUUCACUAUCGUUGUCCAUUUUGUGAUAUACAACAAACAGCUACAAGGUCAGUAUGGUUAGAUCAUUUUUCAACACACACUGGUGAAUUUCAUUAUAAAUGUUCCGGUUGUAACAAACAAAGCAAUUGGAGAAAACCACUUUUACGCCACAUCAAAACGAUUUGCAAAACUUCUCGAAUUAUUACCAGAGAAUCACCUUCUUCAAUCUUGAAAAAUAUUUCGGGCUAUUUGUGUAAUAUAUGUAAUUAUGUUCAAUUAACACAAAAUAAUAUUAUAAAACAUUUAAAUACUCAACAUUCACCCAAAGAAAAGAAAAAUUUUCGUAAAAUAAAUUUAAUGAAUAUGGAAAACGUUCCAAAAUUAGACAAUCCGCCGUCGGAAGAAACAAAAGUUUCGGCAGAUGAAAAUGUUGAAGAUGUAGAAGAUGAUACUGAAAUGAUAAAAGCUGAAAACUCAAAUAUUAGUGAUAAAUUGGAUGUAUUUAUACCAAAAGAACACACUGAUUUAAACGUAGAUAAAAAUUUAUUAAAUUAUAUGAACGAAGUUAUUACAUUUAGUGUGCAAACUCCUAAAAUCAAUGAGAGAACAAGUAAAUCAAUUGUAGAUGAAUUAAGCGAGCGUCUAAAAUCUCAAAAUUCUUCGGUAAAAAAAAAAGAAGUAUCAGUUCGAAUUGAAAAAGAUAUUGAAAAAACUACCAAAGAAAAAAAUAUGUCAAUUGUCGACUUAUUAAGUCAACGUUUUCAAAACAUAUCUGAGUCUGAUGCUAUGAAGAAUAAAGAAGGCGAUGAUAAAGAAGAAUCUGAAAGUGAUAAUGAAACACCGGUAGUGUAUAUUCUAGAUAAAAUUGAUGACGAUAAUUUGGAUGAUAUUGAAUUAGCGGAAAGUUCUGAACAAGUUAUUCUAUCAAUAAAUAAACCAAUAUCAAAUUCUCGCGCUGAAAUACUCGAUAAAAUAGGUGGUUCUACAACAGCUCAAUUAAAUUUAAAGGAAAAUGACAGAGAAAUAACUGAUUCAAUUUAUGCAACACUUAAUGAAAAAUUGAAAAAUUCUAAAUCGCCAGACAAAAAGAUUACUACCAAAAAUGAUAGUUUAAAAAGUAAUCAAAAAAAAUCUGGCAUAACAAUCAUUGAUAGAUUAAAUAAACGUCUCAAAGAAGCUACUGGAGUUGCUCCAGUUGGAGGUAGUGGAGUUAGAAAAUUAGCAGAAAACAAGAAAAAUUUAUCAAUAAAAAAGAAAGUGCAAGAAACUGUACAUACGGUAGAUAAUGAAGACCGCAGUGCAUUGGAUUCUAGUGAUGAUAAUCUAGUCAUUGAUGAAGAUUGUACGACCCCUGUGCCUGAUAUAAAUGCAAAUAGUGUCGAAAAAACAAACAAAAAACAAAAUGAGUCUAGCACACACUUACAGCAAUUAUCUUCUGAGCAAAAUGAAAUAAAUGAGAUUGAAGAUGAUGAUGAUUGUUGGGAGGAUAUUGAGGAGGUAUCACCACAAUCGAAUGAAAAUGAUGAACAAAAUUUAAAAGUAACAGCGGAAAAAAUCCAAUCAAAAGAGAAAAAUAAUACAAUUUUUAAAACUUUAUCAAAAAUUUAUGUGUCGUUUGGUAAAAAUAAACAAAAGCCAAAAAAGAAAUCUAUGGAUAUCAGGAAUUGUGGUUCUUCAACUCCUCCAGUAAUAACCGACGAAAGUUGUGAUAGUAAUUUAGAAAAUAAUGGCGCCAAACAGCAACAACAACCAAUACCACUAUCAGAUCUCAUAAGUGAUGCUGCAAUACCUUCACCUAUGUCAGCAGAGCUUACUAUAGAUCCACCGGUACCGUUGCCAUCAGAACCUCUUUCAGACCUAAAUGAUAUAUCUUCUUUAUUAGAACCAACUCCCACUUCAGAAACAUUAACAUCUAUUGCAAAUAAUAAUUCUAACAUUAACAUAAUUUCAACAACAGAAUUAUCAAAAGUUGGUGUUGAAACUACUGUUCAAAAGCUUAAUAUAAAUGAUAUAAAUGAACCCAUUUAUGUUUUACCGGACAAUGUUACAUUUGCAGAUGCUUUGGUUUUAGCUGCUGAAAUAGAAAAUACUAAAAAUAUUAAUAAAAAAAAUGAAACCGAAAAUGAUAUUACAAAACCAAAUAAAAUAUCAAAAGCACCUGUUACAUGUCGGAUAAAUAAUUUAGGUUUCAGUGAAUCUGAAGGAAAAGUUAAAUAUUUUUGCCUUAUAAAACCAUGUUCAUUCUUAUUUUCUGAUCAGGAAAUUGGACUACAAAAUCAUUAUAGUUCUGACCAUAAAACUAUAUGUUGGGAUGGUUAUUGUUACGCUUGCGAAGCUAAUAUCUGUUCUGAAGAUGAACUACCACUGAAUCGUGAAUUAAAACAUAUGAUUGAAGUUCAUAUUAAGAAUUUAUUAAAAUCACAUAAUUUAUACAUUGAACAUAAUCAAAAUAGCGACAGCAGUAAAUCUUUUGAGGAAGCAUUGAUGACUAAUCGACCCAAAAUUACGAUUCGACGUUUGAGCGGGGAUCUUUUAUCAAAAAACAAGCCACAAGAUCCUGUAAUAGAAUAUAGUAAAUUACAAUCAAGCGUUCAAACUAUACCAAUUUCAUUAUUAAGUAGUAUUAACUCCCCUUUACUAAAUAGUAAUCCCAAUGUGCCAACCGUUAUAGAUCCAAAAUCAAAUUUAACUAUUUCAAAACAAAAUGUUACAAUCAAAGAUCUUUUAGAAACUCCUUCAAUUCCGCCGCCAAUUGCUCCCCAGCUUUUGCCAGAAGAUUCAUCGACUUCAAAAGCUGCAACAGUUCCUAUUCAAACAGCCCCACAGCGACUUCAAAUAAAAACUUACAAAAGAACACAACCUGAAAAGCCUUCGACUUGUAUUUUACCUAAUAAACAAAAUUUAACAAUAUCACCGAUACAAAAUAAUUUAAAUAGUGGCUCAGGUUUAAAAAUUUCUUCUGUCAGUCAAGGCAUUACAAUAUCAGAUAAAGAAAUUACCUCACCAAUUAUUGUGCCACCAGCACAAAGUGUACACAACAGUGCAGAACCAAUAAAAAUUAUUUCAGUAUCUGGCGGAGUUGCAAAUUUCCCAGUGGAACCGCCGAAAAUAUCAAAAAUAUCAUCAAAUGUUACAAUAUUACCAAUAACAAGAAAUAAUGACAAAAGCCAAUCGAGUCCUACACUAGUAAACCAACAACCUCAACAAUUGAUUACAUCCGACAAAUCAUUAGUCAUUACAAAAAUGGCUUCCAAAGUUCCUAUACAAACACAGGGCUUAUCAAAAACUAAUUCAGGAUUUCUGAGAAUUGAAAAUGUUUGCAGUUUAAAUACGCAAAAACCCGUUGUGGAAUCUGUAUCUACUCAACAAAGUGACGCAAAUGUAAUAAAAUCAACAAUCAAUAUUGACCAAAAUUUGUCCUCUGUUACUACAUUAAAUCAAUCUCUAUCAAUUGCAUCAACAGAAGUGGAAAAGUCUCAAUCAUCAAUUGAAGAACACAAAUCAAAUGUUCCAAAUGAAAGUAUAAAUUCUGACACAAAUAUUUCUCAAACGCUAACAUCGAAUACUUCAUCAGAGGCAUUAGAAUCUACAAUGAAAUUAAUUAAGCCAUGGAUAUUUCCAACAGUUUCUAAACCUUUUUCCGUUGCACAAUUCCAACUACGGGCAAUUUCGUUAUAUGCUCUUUUCAAAUGUAUGAACCAAGAAUGUUUUUUUACAACAAAUUGUGUGCAAAAUAUUUUAGAACAUUUUCAAUUUCAUGAGCAGCAAAGUAGUUUUGGUUGGUUACGUUGCAGUUACUGUAAAUUUGUGGCUUGUAAUUCAGCUAAUUAUGUAGAACAUAUUCAUUCUGUGCACAAUAAUGAUAUAUUUCAAUGUCCAUAUUGUUUUUACAGAUCAUGUAAUGAUUUUAAUACGUUAAAACACAUUGAAGAAUAUCAUCAAGAACAAAAGCCAUUAAUUUUUGUCUGCCAUGGAGAACGGAAACGUUUGGCUUCUGAAAUGAAGCAUUUAGCAAUUUAUCGUAAUAGACAUAUCAAAGCAAUUCCUUGUUUCGAUUGUAACAAAAAAAUUUUCAUACUUCGAAAUUAUUUAAAACACAUUCUUGAACAUAACGUUAAUAGUGAGUGCUAUACAUGUGGAAUAUGUAAAGCUGGUGGCUUACUAAAAAAAUGUGCCGAUACGCAUUUAAGUUUAGUUCAUAGAAUAUCUGUAUACCAAUGUAUCUAUUGCGAUAUGUCAUCAAAUUUAAGAAGUGCAAUGGUAGUUCACAUGGCUAAAGAACAUCCAUCGCAUUUAUUAUAUAGUUGUGUUAGGGUAUCGCCUAAUAAGAGCGCAGUAUUUAACACUGAGACUAUAGAAAAUUCUACUGUUUUGGCAAAUUUAAGUGAAAAUGUCAAUGUCAAAUAUUUACAGCCAUGUAAUUUUUCAUUAGAGAAUCUUAAUUUCAUGAAUCCCGCGUUAGACUCACAAGCAGUCGAACAAAACAAAAACAUAAAAAUAUCUGUAAAUUUUGCAAACAUUAACUCUCCUAUCCUGCCGGCACCUAUUAAAUCAGCAACUGACAGUAUAAGGGCUAGUACACCACCUUCAGUAGCGACUACGAUGAGUAACGAUAAUGCUGUUAUUAAUGUACAAUCGUCUCUUAAAAUAUCGUCAGUUACAUCACUAGCAUCUACAUCUCAAACUUCAGUGACAAGAUCUCCAGAAAUAUCUGGAACACAGAUUGGGGAAUCUGUGUUAGUAAAAUCCGCUCCAAUAUGUUCAGCUCAAAUACAAAAUGCUUUUGCAUCAAUUCCCGUAGAAAAUCCCGGUACUCAAAUAAACCAGCAAGAAAAUUUGCAAACAUUGUCAAGUACUCCUAAAGUAUUGAAAAAUCCUGUUAUGUUAAAUAAAUCUCAUAAUGCUCCACAGAAAGUUGAAGUGGCUACAAGAAAAUCAAAUUCAAGUAUAUCAAACACCACUAUUGAUGAAACCAUAACAAUUGACGAUUCUGACCAAGAAGAGCAAACAGAAAAUGAAAAAUCGCCGAAUGCAGACUCUCGAAAUUUGUCGGAUAACUAUGUCAGCAACAGUAAUAUAACAACAUCAAAAAAUAUCAAGGAUAUAUUAAAAAACUGCACAGAGUUAACAAAAUCCGUUGCAUUAGCUCAAGAAAAACAAGAAAUUAAAACUAUUACAAGGGGCACAAUUAUGAUUAAUGAGGUGUCAUUGAAUCUGAAAUCCUCGCAAGAAAGUUCAACAAAUAAUGAAAAAACAGUGGAUGAUAGCCUCUUAAAUAAACAGAUUAUGGAAGCUGCUCAAGAAUAUGUUUUAGAUACCGGUUAUGAAGGUUCAGAACUGUACCGAUGUUCUUUACCAGAAUGCACAAAUGUAAAAUUAAGUUGUGAAACUUUAUCAUCACAUUAUUCUCGAGUUCAUCAGCGCUUGAGACAAUUUAAAUGUCCCCAUUGUACAUGCCAAUAUAGUAACAUUCGCAGUUUAAAGGUUCAUUUAGCAACCCAUAAACGUCACCGAUAUUUUUGUUUUCUAUGCAAUCAUACGACAUCAAUUCAACAGCACCUAACCAAACAUAUAACUGAAUUGCAUGGCAAAACCGGUUUAGUGUCUUUUCCAUUAACAAAUCAAUUUGAAUUGGAUACAAAAGAAAAAUCUAGUGAUUCAUUAUUUUUUGUCCUGGCUCCGACAGCUACAAAACGACAAGAAAUAUUGCAGUUCGGUGAACGACUUGUAAGAAUUUGUGAAAGAAGAAGAUCUUUGACAAAAAAAACAUUUAGUCCAAACGAAAUUGAUCAACUACCGCUUCAAGCUAUCUUUAAUUCUGAAGCUUUUUGUUCAAUAUGUAGUUAUCGAACAAAAGUAAGGACCAAUAUGUAUAGACAUUUAUUAUUUCAUAAAAGUGAAGUUAAGGUUGCUAGUAUUGACCCCGUAAAUCCCGUUCCAUGUUUAGUUUCAAAUGAGAAAAAUUUUGACAAAAUGAUUAAUAUGGCUUUAAGCUCCAAUUUGAAAAAAGAUAAUCAAGAAAAAUUGCAACCCAGUAAUUCUAGCGGAAUGACCUCUUCUGAUGGUAAUUUAUCUUCAACUACCGAAGAAAUUAAAGAGGCUCUGAAGAAAGGCGAUCUCAAAAUACCAGAAUUUAUUCCAUUAAUGCGUAAAUUUAUUUGUGGUGUACCAAAUUGUAACUACUUAACUAUUACUGAUUAUAUGUUAAAAUGUCAUUUACAAACUUUACAUUCAGAGGAAAAACAGUAUAAAUGUCCACAUUGUAAGCUAGAGCUUUUACAAAAGAAAAACUUCUGCGCAGACAAAAUACUGCAACAUUUAAAAUUUCAUGAUUCUAAAAUUUAUUUAUGCGGUGAUUGCUAUUACAUGCACUUUUUGAAACAUGUAGUUGAGAGACAUAUUAAUGAUCGUCAUGCGACUGCAGCUCAAGUAGACGUUAUUCAAUAUGAAAGAAAGGACACUAAUACGAUUAUAACAAAAUAUCCAUGUGGGCGUUUGAUUGGGCAGUCAAAUACUAAAACAAUCACUAGUACUGAUGGUACAAACAGCAGCGAUCGAAAUACAGACACCGAUGUCAUUGUACUUUCAGAAAGUACUGCUGAUACUGCCACAUUCAACAAACAACUAGGUGAUGAAGAGGCCAAAUGGAGUUGCACAACAUGUAAAUUUAAAACAGUCGAUGAACCUUCAAUGCUUAAUCAUAUCAACACAGCACAUAAUAUAAGAUUUCGAUAUGGAUGUUUUGAUUGUAAAUUUGGUGCUUGCCAAGUUAAUUUGGUAAAAGAACAUAUAAGCGAUAAACAUCAUAAUUUUCAGCAGCGGCAAGUAAAGUCAAAUUAUUAUCGUUUAGAUGAAAGUGAUUAUGAUGUUGUUCAAGAAAAUCGUCCUUUAUGGACAAGGAGUGAUCCAUAUCGCAUUAAACAUAUACGUGGAAUUUUAAUGGAAGAAGAAGACGUUGGACGUAAGAACACUAAAAGUGAAAAUAAGAAGUCAAACAAGCUUAAAAAGUCAUUAUCUAACAACAGCAAUGUUGCAGAGGAUAGUAGUAACAGCUCUAUUGGCGCAAGUAAAAGAAAAUCUUUAGAAAGAAAAGCAUCUCAAAAUUCUAUAAGAGAAACGGAUAAAGUGAAUGAUCCAACAAGUGUUUUAAUUUUGAAUGAGAACUCGUCUUCCAGUCAAGAUUCAAAUAUAAAGGCAAUCCAUAAAAUAUCAAAAGUAAAACAAUCUUCAGCUCACAGUUCAAAAAAGUCACAAAGUAUGUCAGCUAGAUCUUCAAUAUCUUCUUCAAGAGAUUCUUUGGAAGAAAAUCUUUCGGUUGUUGUACCUAAUGAAAUUUCCGACUCGAAAGCGGUUAGUAGUACAUCUCCAGAAAGAAGUGUUGAAAUCUAUGAAUGUUAUUAUUGUCCAAUGAAAAAUAUUUCUUUUAAAGUAAUUUAUACUCAUUGGUUAUUACACCAUUGCAAAAAAAUGAAUGAAAAAUCGGAUAAAGUAGGUGAUAACAGCGAAAAAUCUGAAAAAAAUCUUCCUUUGUUAGCCAGACCUUUCGCUUUUAAAGUUGUUGGUUACAUAGGUGGAGAUUCAGUUGAAGUUUCAACUUAUGAUGUAACAAAAAAUCAAUUGUCCCGUUUAUUAAAAAUGGGGCAACGUGUAACACGAUUUCAAUGUAAUAAAUGUUGGCGUUUAUUUGCCAAUUCUAUAAGCGUAGCUGAACAUCAAAAUCAUGAGCAUGCGAAUACAUCAGCGCUAAAUACUCAUCGAUGUUUAACAUUCAAAAACCGAAAUUUUUUUAUAUGUAGUUCGUGUGGUUACGCAUCAUCUUUAGAGUGCAAAACUGCAGCUCAUUUAUUAAAUCAUUAUGAUGGGUUAAAAAAAUGUAAAACGUGUAAUAAAGAAUUCGAUAAGUUUUUAGAAUUUAUUCGACAUUUACCAAAACACAAAACAACAUUUAAAGAAUUUUUAGAAAAUGAUAAAAAUAUCAAAGAGUUUUGGAGUAAAAUAAUUAUUUUGUUCCCAAAUGGUUUAUGUAUGAUGCGCUGUAAUGUACCUAAAGACUCCAAAGUUAUUUUAGAUUGUUUAGUAAAUAUUGUUAAUAAUGAAGUUGAAGCUGCACUUAUACAAACCGCACCACAAAACGUAAUACCUAAACCAAAUAGCAAUGACAAUUUAUCAGAAAUGUCUACAGAAAAAUUAAAUGUAAAUACUAGUGAAUGCUCAAGAGCUAAAAUAUCCGACAGAAAACCUAAUGAUGAGAAAAAUAUUAAGGCUGAUAAUACAUUAACAAAUCUAAAUAAUAAUUUAGAAAUGAUAAAUAAAAUUUCUUUAGAUUCUGAUGACACAAAUAAUGACGUACAAAAUGAUAGAAUAGAAGAUUCAGUACCAUCAUCGUCAAAUUUUUCUUCAUUAGACGAAAAUGUAUUAACGACAUCAAAACCAAAAAUAAUAAAAAAAUCUAAAAGAAAAUAUGAAAAAGAUACUGAUUGGACCCCAAAACCAUUAAAAAAACGUAAAGUUUUGAGUUCUAAUGAUGAUCAAUUUGAUUCAUCAACUGAUGAUAAUCAGAAUGCAGAUGAUGAUGAUGAUGAUAAUAUACCAUUAUUAACAGUAAUAAGGAAUACACCACCAAUUAAGAAAUUAGAAAAGAGAAUAAAACCAUUUAUUGGCCCAAAAUUUACACAAAAAAAAUAUCAUAAUGCUUAUACACCAUAUAGCUAUUAUGGUUGUAAACCAAUUGCUGAAGAUUUAAAUAAUAUAACAGUUAAAGUAAAAUUUGGUUAUUCAGAUGGAUAUGAUUCUGAUAAUGAAGCCGUUUUAUUAACUUGUCAACAAUAUUCUGAAAUAAUACCAAUCGAUUGUCAAGUUAUUGUUGAAAAAUUAAAUCCAGAAAUAUUAAAAUUAAAUACAAUUAAUUUAUUUAAACGUAAAAUUCAAAAUAAAUUUAAUAGCUAUGCAAUAGAUUUUCCUAAUGCAAUUGAAGAUUCCUCUGAUUCAAAUUCUAGUUCAGUAAAGAAAAGAAAAUUAUAAGACUAGAUAAGUAAGCACUUAUCUUAAGUAGUUUAUCUUAGUAUUUUCAUUUAAGUUCUUUUAUUAAAUAUCAUUUUUUAAUAUGAAUUCCCUAAUUCUAUAAAUAGUUCCAAGAAUUAUGAAUACAAGCAUGCUCUGUUAAAAUGAAUUCAAUAACAAAAUGGAAACAAAACUAAGGGUAGUGCUCAUGUUUUUUUUUUUUUAAAUACUACAAUAAAAAUAUUAUAAUAUUUAUUUAAGCUAAAUGUAAUAUGUUAUUCCAGAAAAACAAAUUAUGAAAAUUUUAAUUAUUGUUUCUAAUAGUUUUAGAAUGUAAAAAAAAGUAUUUUAAGGAAUAUUACUGUUUUUUUUUUAAUUAAUGAGAAUGAAUAUAAGAUAAAAAAUUUAAAAGGUAAA